GAAAACCGGAAGAGGAAGUAAGUCGGCGUUGCACAAACCGGAAGUUGCCCUUUUGGAGUCACAUUGAAGUUCGGCUUAAUUUAUUCAUGGAUUAAAUCGAUAGAAGACCCGCGAGACUUUUCCACAUGAAUGUUUCAUUUAUAAAACACCUCAGAUGUGUGAGUAAAACAUAAAUAAACAUCUAAGAUGUUCACCUCAAAGCUGCUCCGUCUCGGUCUGCUGCACAGAGCCACAGGUUCACUUCAUGUAGAUGGAAGCCAUUUGAAAGCCUCUCUUCCUCGGGUCAUUCCUUCUUGCUGCUCUUUCAUGAAACAGAGAAGUUAUGCAACUGCAGCGGACAACGCUCCUCCUCCGCGUUGGGUGCAGCUGGAGCCUGAGCUGGACGAGGCUCUGGUUCCUCGGAAGCUGUCGGUGAGUCCUCUGGAGAGUUGGCUGUCUCUGCGUUACUCUCUCCCCCCGGUGCUGGAGGCUCUACCUGAGGAGGAGGCAGAGCUGCUGGAGGAGAAGGUCCUACCUCCGGGGUCAGUCCCAGUUUUGGAGGACGGCAGUGGGUCGGCCACGCCUCUUAGUUGUAGAAAUGUGUUAAAGAUUCGACGAAGGAAGAUGAACCGACAUAAAUACAAAAAGCUGCUAAAGAGGAGGAAGUUUGUGAGGAGGAGAGUGAUGGAGAGCAGAGGAAAAAGGAAACAGAAAAGGUUUGAAAAUGACCUCAAGAGAAUUUGGAGAAGAGCUGGACUAAAAUCUGCCCCAGAGGGAUGGGCCGCACCCAAACUCUUCAUUAAAAAACACGGAAAUAAAUAAGACUGAUCCAUUCAGAGGAGAACCACACCUGCACUCACUGUAGUCUGAGGACGCGCUCAUUUAAAGCUCUUUCCUCCUCACAUUCUGUAAAAUAUUGAAUAAACAGCUGAACUCA